CACAAACCCAACCAAUGGCGAUUGGUGCAGCCAAUAUCACUUCAAUCUUCACCAACGGCUUAGUAUCGUCAUUGUUAUGGACCUCCAAUUGCCGGAGCUUAGUCACUCCUGCCACCCUUGUGCGCACGUUAGCCUCAUCUCAUGCCAAAAUUCACCGCACAAACUUGACCUGGUGUUCUUGGAAUUCUCACAACAGCAAUAAUUACAGAAGCUAUAGUUGUGAAUCCUCUGCUGCUUCAGAAGUCGCACCAAGUGUUACAACCACUUCAUCCUCUAAUGGCUAUCCUGAAUAUGGCCGUUUGCUUCCAUGUCCUCCACAAAAUAGCCCACCAAGAGUGGAACACCUUGUUGUUUCAGAAGGAGGGCCUGUUCUUGAGUAUAUUAGUAAAGCGUUGGAUCUUCCUCCUUUGUUUGUUGCAGACCUCAUCCACUUUGGAGCUGUACAUUAUGCCCUUGUAUGUCCAGAGCCUCCUCCUAGUGCAACACCAGAGCAAAUUAGGGUGUAUAAAGCAGUAACAGCUCCAUCAGUUCUCCACAUGAGACGCUCAAUUAAAGGGAAAACUUUUCGAGAAGCACAAAAAACAUUCCGGAUAACUUGGAUCGACGAGUUUGUUGAACGUGGAAUGUACUUAAGGGUGCAUGUACACCCAAAACGCUUCCCAAGGUGCUAUGAAAUUGAUUGGAAAUCAAGAAUCAUUGCUGUAACUGAAUCCUAUGUCAUUCUGGACAAACCUGCAGCUACAUCAGUAGGAGGAACUACAGACAACAUUGAAGAAAGUUGUGCAACUUUUGCAACUCGUGCCUUGGGAUUAACAACACCAUUGAUGACGACCCAUCAAAUUGAUAAUUGCACUGAAGGCUGUGUAGUGUUAGCUAGGACUAAGGAGUACAGUUCAGUAUUUCAUGGAAAAAUCAGGGAGAAAAAGGUGAAGAAGCUUUAUCUUGCUCUUGCUGCUGCUCCUGUGCCAACUGGAGUAAUUACACAUUAUAUGCGUCCAGUUAAUAUUGCUCCAAGGCUUAUUUCAGAAGAAUUUGUUAAAGGAUGGCAGUUAUGCCAACUUGACGUCUUAGAAUGCAGGAAGGUUCCCUGGCCAAAUGCCUUAAUUGAAAAGAAAUAUGGUAUCGUGGAUUGUGGAUGGCCUUCUAAAGAUUUUGCGUAUGAAUGUAAAAUUAACCUGUUGACAGGUCGGACUCAUCAGGUAUUCUGAGGUGUUGUUAUUAUUGUUAAGUCUUUUACUUUUUUUUCCCGGACUGGUGGGGGUCAUUUCUGUUAUAUCUUUUAUGCCAAUUCUUUUAGUUUUUCUAAAUUUAUGUUAUAUCCUUUGUUUUUGAAUUCAUAAGGUAUAAUGUUCUGGAAUUUAAGCAGUUGUUUGCAAUUGACGUUUUCUUCCUCCUUUUGAUUUUGGGGCUCUACAGAGUUAAAAGCAGUGGAAAUUUACUUGAAUGUAUAUCUUCUGUUGGGUACUAAGCUAAGAAUAUUUGACUAGGCAGCAACACCCAGACAAUUGAAAGAUUAUAAUUUCAUGUAUUGCUUGUGUAAACCUGAUUUCAGGGAAAAUUAUUGAUCAAACUUUGUGGUGUUCAUUAUAUUCUAUUUGGAAUUUCCCUUUUUUAGGAAUUGGAGUUUAAGUUGCUAGAAAAGGGUGGGGUAGAGCAUUCUGUCAAACUGUCCUAUUUGGUAUUCCUUUUAUCCUUCACAGCAUGGGCAAAAUUUGUUGUGUUGACAACAUUUAGUCAUGCAAUACAGGUGCGAGUGCAAUUGGCUGCCAUCGGUGCACCAAUAGUUGGGGACUCAAGGUACAUGCCAGCUGCAAUUGCAGAGAUGUUUAGUCCUGGGCUUAAUCCAUUUGGCAAGCACAAGAAACAAUAUACAAAUGAGGAUGAUAGGGCAACAGCAGUCGAAGAGUGGAUUGCUCAGCAUGGAAAGGAACAUACCGAUGGUAUAGGUCUUCAAGCUUGUCAGAUUUCAUGGGAUGAAGGAGAGCACUGCUACGAGGCUGGAUCUCCUUGGUGGAGAUAAAUUAAGAUUAGGCGUGCUCUUAGGUGCCAUCGGAUGCGGGUCACUGACAAAGUUUGGUAUAUAACUUCAUGUGAAGUAUGAGCAGCUGCAUGGGAGAGGAUGAUAUUAUGUGCAGCAAUGAAAGGCUCUCUCUCUGAAUCCCCAGUGCUGCAAUUCCCAAAUGAUCCUGAGCAAUGAGAGGGUGGGUAAAUCCCUGACCUGUAACCGCGAAUGGCUACAACAUUUGGCUCAUUGAAGGUGAUCCAGUACUUAACUCUGUCCCCAAAGUUUCUGAAACAUAUAUCUGCAUAGUAUUUGAAAUCCUCCCUGAAAAACAUACGAUGUAUUUGAUGGUGAACAUUUCUAUAUUUCUUAGCCAAAAAGAAAACUUUUUCCUGUAUACAUGUAAUAUACAUUUGAGGUAAAUUUUACAAGAUUUUUCCAGUUGUGAGAUUAAUACUCUGAAAGACAACC